AUGAGCAGCGCCAGGGCUUUGCUUCGCACAGGUCGUGCGAGCCAAUUGGCCAAGCGCACCAGCUAUGUCUGCCGGCAAUGCAGAGCAAUUCAGAUCAGCUCGUCGCCCACGACAGAAUCACCGCGCCCCGGUGGAGAUGCCUUCGGCGCCCCGUUAGAUGCCUCCAAGGAAGUGGCCGACGCGCGCUUUGAGGUCUUGGGCAGUCCAUACUCUCUGCUGUCUGUCUCUCUGUCUGCAUCCCAGAAACUGUACACGAGGAGGGGAACAUUAGUAGGGGUGUCCGGAAAGGCGCAAAACGCACAAUCUACCCUCUCGCUCCUCUCGCCCUUCAGCCGCGCUCUUACCGGCGUCCCAUUCCUCUACCAGCGAGUCUCGUCCACAACACCCAUACAAGCAUUGAUAUCGACCAAGUCCCCGACGACCACCUUCUCCGUUCUGCAUCUAGAUGGAACAACAGACUGGGUAGUCGGCCAGCGGUCGGCUUUGAUGGCAUGGACCGGCCACACUCUGGCAGUCACCCCUCGUAUCCAGUACAGGCUGCCGCUUGCUCAUUGGGGUUCGUCAGAGCUUACGGGCCGAGGUCUAGCAGCGUUGUCCGCACCAGGCCACAUCCACCAGUUGACGCUGGCUGAAGGCGAGGAGUUUGUGGUCCACCCUUCCCAUGUGGUGGCCUACACGAUAACACGAACCCCACCGCUACCUUUCAGGUUCAAGAGCUCUGGCAUCAGGUUCCAAAUACCAUCUGUAGCCAAUUGGCUCGGCAACAUCAAGUUCUUCCAAACCAUGCGUACGACAUCGGCAUACCAGUUCCUUAGUCGCGUACUGUACAGUCUACGGACAACAACGCGGAGGACCAUAUGGGGAGACAGGUUGUUCCUGCAGUUCAAGGGUCCUACAACAAUUCUUAUGUCAAGUAGAGGCACAAGAAUUAGCGAUGUUUUGACCAAGGAGGAGGUCAACGAAAUUGCUGAUGCUCCAGCUGGUGCCGCCCCCCAAGCAGUCGAUCUGGCGGCGAACCCAAAACCGGCUUUGGAACCACCGGCGAAGGCUGACGAGCCAACUGUAAAAAUCACUGUUGCUAGCAUUGGCGAGGAUGGCAAAGCCAAGGUCGAAGACGCCAAGAAUGCCGAGGAUCUUGAGAAGGUGAAGUCAUGA